AUGACAAAUGGGUUGAGGGAAGGGGAUGGGGGAAGAGAAGGGGGUGAAAGUGAUGCAAUUGAUGAAGGUGACAAUAUGGAGGGGGACAACGUGAGAGGUGGCAGUAUUGAACGUGACAAUAUCGAAGGUGUUGCCCAUCUUGUUAGUCGGCAUAAGAAUGAUAAAGACACGAGUGCUGCUGCUUGUUUAGCUGCUGCUCUGGCCAUGGCUUAUGGGGGGGUGGACGACGGAGAUGAGGAGAUGGAGGAGGAGAAAGAGGAAGAGAAGGGAGAGGAGGAGAAAGAGGAGGAGAAGGAAAAGGAGAAUGAGGAGGAGAAGGAAGAGGAAAAGGAAGGAAGCAGAGAAAUCAGAGAGAGCAGAGGAAGCCAUGGGAGCAGAGGAUGCAUGGGGAAUACGAGACAGAGGAACAGGAAGAGGGAGGCGGAGGAAGAAAGGGAGGAGGAAAACGAGGAUGAAGGGGGUAAGGUAGAGGAGGGGAAGGAGAAGGAGGAAGAGGAAACAGAGGAGGAGAAGGAAGAGCAGAGAGAGGAGGACGAUGGUUUAGAUGAUGAUUUGGUGUGUGCUGACGCAGAAAACACGAGACGCAUGUGGGAGGCUGCUGAUGCUCCUCCUCCUCCUCCUGCUUCUGCUGCUGCUGCUGCUGCUGAUCCUGCAGCUUCUGCUUCUGCUGUUGCUGCUUCUGCUGCUGCUGCAGAGGAAGCAGAGGAGGAAGAUGAUGACUUGGUGUGUGGUGAUGCAGAUGACAUGAGAUGCAUGUGGGAAGCUGCUGAUCUUAAUGCUGCUGGUGAUGUUGCUGCUGACGCUGCUGCUGCCACUGCUGCUGCUGAUGCUGAUGCUGCUGCUGCCACUGCUGCUGCUGCUGUUGCAGAGGAAGCAGAGGAGGAAGAGGAUGACUUGGUGUGUGGUGAUGCAGAGGACAUGAGACGCAUGUGGAAGGCUGCUGAUCUCAAUGCUGCUGCUGAUGCUGAUGUUGUUGCUUUUGCUGCCACUGAUGCUGAUGCUGCCACUGCUGCUGUUGCUGCUGCAGAGGAGUCAGAGGAAGCAGAGGAGGAUGAUGAUGAUGACUUGGUGUGUGGCGAUGCAGACGACAUGAGGCGUAUGUGGGAGGCUGCUGAUUCUCCUCCUCCUCUUCCUCCUCCUGCUUAUGCUGCUGCUCCUGCUGCUGCCGCAGAGGAAGCAGAGGACGAUGAUGAUGACUUGGUGUGUGGCGAUGCAGACGAUAUGAGGCGCAUGUGGGAGGCUGCUGCUGCUGCCAACGCUGCUGCUCUGCGUGCUGCUGCUGCAGCUGCUGGGGCUACCACAGUUGGUGCCGCUGCUGCCGGUUCUGCUGCUGAUGCUGCUGUUAAACCGGGCGAGGCAAGCCAAGCGCCAAGCGCAGUGGCACAUGGAGCAGCAACGACGGCAUCAGCAGGAGGGGCUGCAGCAGCAGCAGCAGCAGCAGCAGCAGCAGCAGCAGCAGCAGCAAGGGCAGCAACAGCAGCAGGGGCUGCAGCGCAAGCAGCAGCAGCAGCAGCAGCGCAGCAGCAGCAGCAGCAGCAGCAGCAGCAGCAGCAGCAGCAGCAGCAGCAGCAGCAGCAGCAACCGCAGGGGCAGCAGCAACUGCAGCAGCAACAACAACGGCAGCAGCAGCAGCAGCAGCAUUACCAGAAGCAGCAGCAGCAGCACAACCAACAGCAGCAGCAGCAGCAGCAGCACUACCAGCAGCAGCAGCAGCAGCAGCAGCAGCAGCAGCAGCAGCAGCAGCAGCAGCAGCAGCAGCAGCAGCAACAGCAGCAACAGUGGGUGGAAGCUGAGAGCCUUAGCAGCGACGAGGGCAGCAGUCAAGACGAGCACGCUGCUAGCAGUACAGCAGCGCAGAUAUUGCCUCGUUUGGUGCUGCCUCGUUUGGUGCUGCCUUGUUAG